AUGGAGGCGAGCCCAGCACCUGCAGUAGUAGAUUUAUUGCUACAAAUCGAGCAAUCAAAAGGUGGAGGAGAUCCAGCCUGGCACGAGCGGCUAAACCCUGACCGUCAAGGUCGUCACCACCAAUCUGGUCGAGAGGUCACCUCCAAGAAUGGCGGUGCUCGAUCCUCUCUCUCCUCUCUCCCUCUUCAGCCCCCUCGCAUCACUGAGUGCCUCGUUAGCGAUGAGACUGGAACCAUUGUCUUCACUGCUCGCAAUGACCAAGUUGACAUUAUGAAGCCUAGUACCACUGUGAUUCCACACAAUACAAAGAUUGACAUGUUCAUCAAAGGCACUAUGAGGCUUGCAGUUGAUAAAUGGGGUCGUGUUGAAGUCACAGAACCAGCCAGCUUUGAAGUUAAGGAGGUCAACAAUCUUUCUCUUGUCGAGUAUGAAUUACUUAGUGUUGCUGUGAAAAGCGGAAAAAGUAGCUUAGAGCAGAUAUCUAGAGUUUACGGAAAUCAGUUCAAUUUUGUGCAUUUUAUAUGCAUUGUUUUCCUUGUUGAUCAUUACCUUGGCUUAUGGUUGCUCUAG